CUGGAGGCUGGAGGUCCACAUCUGGCUGUCUGUUCCCACAGGGGGCAGGUGGUGCUGGGCUACAACGAGGUGGAGAUCAGCAUGAAGGGAUCCGGAUACAUGUUCAUCCACGCCGCCGACAUGAUGCACUGCGCCGAGAACCACACGCGCAUGAUCAAAACUGGGGAAACUGGAAUCACCAUCUUCAGGCUGCUGUCCAAAAGCGGCCGCUGGAUCUGGGUCCAGUCCAACGCCCGCAUGGUGCUGAAGGCGGGAAAACCGGACUUCAUCGUGGCCCGGCAGAGGGCGCUAACGAACGAGGAGGGCGAGGAGCAGCUGCGUCUGCGGCGGCUGCAGCUGCCCUUCAGCCUGACCACCGGAGAGGGAGUUCUGUACGACACGCUGCCCAGCCUGCAGCCCGACCCGCCCCGGGGCCAGAACCAGAACCAGAUCCAGAACCCCCUGCUGGGCCCGGACCAGAACCAGAACCAGCUGCUGGGCCUGGACCAGAACCCCCUGCUGGGCCAGGACCAGAACCAGAACCAGUUGCUGGGACUGGACCUCCUGCUGAGUCCGGGCCAGGACCAGAACCCCCUGCUGGGACAGAACCAGAACCCCCUGCUGGACCCGAACCCCCUGCUGGACCAGAACCCCCUUCUGGGCCCGGACCAGAACCAGAACCCCCUGCUGGGCCCGGACCAGAUCAGCCAGAACUCCCUGCUGGGCUGCCUGCUGAGCCAGGACCAGUCUCUGUACAGCCAGGACGCCGCGGCGCUCAGCUCUCUGAGCGACGCCGCCUUCCAGGACUCUCACGCCACGCUCAGCAUCCCGGGGGACGCCGCGGGCAACGGGGGCCCCGCCCGCGCGGACGCCGCCCUGCAGGAGGUCAUGUCCACGCUGCAGGACAUCCUGGAGGACGGCGAGCUGAUGGGCGCGCUGGAGGUGGCUCCGGAGGAGCUGAAGGGCUGGGAGAGCGCCCUGCUGCGUCUGAGCGGCGAGGCGGGCGCCGACCCGGGGGACGUGCUGUCCUACUUCGAGGAGCAGCUGCAGCUGGACGUCCCCGUGGAGGCGUGGCCGGCGCCGGCGCCGCCCGCCCCGAACGGCGCCCCGGUGAUGGCGCCGCCGCUCAGCCACCUGGACUUCCCCCCGGUGGCCGUGGCGCCGCAGCCGAACGCCGUGAUCCCGUUGGCUCCGCCCCGCCGCCCUCAGAACCAGCUCGCCGCCGCGUUCCUAAUGCCCGACCAUAACGGGCCGCCGCACGCCGCCCCGCCGCCGCACGUCGCCGCGGCGACCCUCCAGGGGCGGCGGCCAAACCCGGCCUUCAGCCAGUGGAACGGCGCCGGCCAGAACAUUUCAAACGGUUUCCACGCCGACGCGGCGGCGCCCGGCCUCUUCACGCCGGCGCUCCACGAGCCGCCGUGGCCGCAGCGCCGCCCGCACACCGCCGAUGACGUCAUCGGCCGGGCGCCGCUCAGGGCGCCGCACGCCGCCACGCCGCCGUCCUGCUUCUACCAGGCGGCGCCCGCCGGGGGGGCUAAUGGCGGCGAGGCGGCGCUGUCCUGCCAGAUGGCCGCCGGACUGGCGCCCAACGGCCGGACGGGGGCGCCACAGGCUCUGGGCUUCAGGAAACAGAUGCAGAUCAGCAGCCUGGGCGGCGCCGGCUUCCCGUUCCCGCUGCUGCCCAACGGCUCCUGCUUCUCCGACAGCAAAUGA